AUGAGUCUCUGCAGUUGGAAUGCUCGAGGUUUGGGGAGCCCUCGAGCAUUCCGUAAUCUCUCCCUGCUGGUCAAGCAACAUCAGCCCAUGAUGUUGUUUGUUAUGGAGACAAAAUUGCCUGCUGGACGUGGAACAGACCUCAAGCACAAGCUUCGUUUUGAUAGUGUUUUAGAGGUGCCUAGGCAGGGUUUUGGGGGAGGGAUUUUACUUUUUUGGAAAGACUGUAUUGAUGUUAAUGUAAUUUCUUACUCCCUUAAUCAUGUGGACUGUAUUAUAAAUAAUUUUAAUGGCAAAGCUUGGCACUUUUCUGGUUAUUAUGGUUCUCCUUAUGUUAAUCUUAAAUCUGUUACUUGGACCUUACUCAAUCGUUUAUUUGAUACUGCACCUCUUUUGCCGUGGUUAGUUAUGGGUGAUUUCAAUGAUUAUCUCUCUUUAAAUGACAGGAAUUUCUCUCUCAGUCCCCCUCCUCAUGUUAUGCAUUCUUUCCAUGCUUUCCUUGAUAAACAUAAUCAUGCUCCCAUACCUCAUGUUGGGCCUAAAUUUACUUGGAAGCAUGGUUCUAUCCUUGAGCGUCUGGAUUGGUGUACUUCAAAUCAACUUUGGAGAGACCUCUUUCCUCAUGCUACUCUCUUCCAUCUAGGGUUUUAUGGUUCUGAUCAUAGAGUUUUGAAGAUCAUGUUUCAAGACCCUCAUUUUGCCGCUCAAAGAUCUAAUCGGUUUCAUUUUGAAAAUCAUUGGCUGAAAGAUCCCUCGUUUUCAAACCUUCUUAUUUCUUCCUGGGCUAACUCUAGGAAUUCUGCUUCAUCUCCCUUGCAGCUCUUUCUCGACAAACAAUCCAACUGUGUUGCUACAAUUAGGAAUUGGAGUAAAUCUCAGCACCCUAUCAAGCUCCAAAUCUCUCAGACUCAAGCUGAACUCGAUACCCUGUUGAAUGCUUCCCACCACUCUCCCAAUUCCCUCUCCCUCAUAGCCUCCCUCCAAUCUAGAUUGGAUGGCCUCCUCCUCAAGGAUGAAAUAUACUGGAAACAGCGUUCCAGAGUUGAUUGGCUACGUGCUGGAGACAAAAACACAAAAUUCUUCCACCACCGUGCCUCCACUCGAAAAAAGAACAACUUCAUUCGCCUCAUUACCCUUCCUGAUGGAUCUACAUCUCAUGAUCAUGCCACUAUCACUUCCCAAUUUCUUCACUUUUUCAAUUCUCUCUUCACCUCUCAAGGGGUUUGUGAAGUUGCUGUCAAUACUCUUCUCCAAGGGAUCCCCAAUAGGCUAUCAACUCAUCAAGUUGAUUUUCUAGACGAGCCUUAUACAGAAGUGGAAGUUAAAAAUGCGUUAUUUAGCCUCUCUGUGGACAAAGCUCCGGGGCCCGAUGGCCUCAACUCGCUUUUUUACAAACGUAACUGGUCCACUCUUGGCACUGAUUUCACUAAGGCCAUGCUUCACAUUCUUAAUCAUCAGGGGGAUAUCUCUUCCAUCAAUCAAACCAUCAUUGUCCUCAUCCCUAAAAAGAAAAACCCAAAGAAUGUUCGUGAUUUUCGACCGAUUAGUCUUUGCAACACUUUCUAUAAGUGUCUUUCCAAAAUUAUUGCAAAUCGGUUAAAACUUGUGCUUCACUCCAUUAUCAGUAUCAAUCAAAGUGCUUUUCUCCAAGGACGCCAAAUUACUGAUAACAUUCUCCUUGCCAAUGAAAUUAUUCACGCCAUUCAUUCUAGACGAUCGGGGAAGAUUGGAUGGGCAGCUAUUAAGCUUGAUAUGGAGAAGGCUUUUGACAGAGUGGAAUGGCCUUUUUUAAAUCAUUUGCUCAAUCAUGUUGGUUUCCCCUGCCAGUUUUCAUCUCUGAUAAUGCGUUGUCUUUCCACGGUUCAAUUUCGUCUUUCCAUUAAUGGCUAUCUUACCGACCCUUUUCAUUCAACGCGUGGUAUUAGGCAAGGGGAUCCCCUUUCUCCCUAUCUUUUCCUUUUAAUUGCCGAGGGCCUUUCUGCAGCAAUUCGUUUGCAAGAAACUCAGGCUCUGUUUUCUGGCAUUCAAAUUUGCAGGGGUGCCUCACCAUUGUCUCAUCUCUUGUUUGCUGAUGAUAGCAUGGUUUUCUCACCUGUCCAUCCUCAGGCCAGUGCUUCCCUAAAUGUUAUUCUUGAUCUCUACAAUAAGGCUACAGGCCAAUUGGUGAAUAGAGAAAAAUCCUCCAUUCUCUUCUCCCCCAAUACCUCUGCUGAGGCCCAGUAUCAAUUUCGUCAUGAUCUUCACCUUAUGGGAGAAGGUUUCAUUAGUAAGUACCUCGGCGCUCCCCAUUGUGUUGGCAGGGUCUCCAAUUCCAUGUUUCACUACCUGCUUCAAAAAGUUUCAUCCAAACUUAACUCAUGGAACGAAAAAUUUUUCUCUAGGGCUGGUAAGGAGACUCUUAUUAAAGCGGUGGUCCAAGCUAUUCCCUCUUUUGCAAUGUCCUGUUUCAAAGUCCCCAAAUCGAUUUGUUCUAAAAUUCAAAGCUUGAUUGCUAAAUUUUGGUGGGGAUCCCAAGGCACUAACAAAGUUCACUGGAAAAACUGGGAUUCUAUUUCUGUUUCAAAAUUUUUUGGGGGCCUGGGGUUCCGUAUUCUUUCUUCUCAUAACCAAGCUCUCUUAGCUAAGCAGGCUUGGCGUAUUUGGAAUGAUAGGAAUUCCUUUCUCCAUUCUGUCCUAAAAGCUCGAUAUUUCAAAAAUUCUGAUUUCAUGAAUGCCCCUCCUGGUCACAACUCUUCUUUCACCUGGAGAAGUAUUCUUUGGGGUCGACAUUUGCUUCAAAAGGGGUUGGUUUGGAAGAUUGGCACUGGAACUAGUAUUCCCUUAUCUGCUCCCAAUUGGAUUCCCAACAUUCAGCACCCUAUCCUCUUGCACUCUCUCCACCAGUCUCAAGCUUUUGUCUCUUUCUUCAUAAAUGAUGACUCAACUUGGAACACCCGUAAGCUUCAACAUUACUUCCCUUCAUACCAAGUUGACCGUAUCCUCACAACCCCCAUUGACCCUGCAUCCUCAGAUUCGCUCAUUUGGGGUUUUCACUCCUCAGGCAUUUUAACAGUCAAAUCUGCUUAUCAUCUUGCCUGCUCUCUUGAUUCUGUUCAGGUUCCCUCCUCUUCCAAUCCUAAUCCGUACCUUCAUUGGUGGAAAACCCUUUGGUCCAUUCCUGUUCCUCCCAAGAUUAAACAUUUUAUUUGGAGGGCUUUCCACCAUAUAUUGCCAUGUUCUCUCAAUCUUUUCCUUAAAAGGAGUCUCCCUCACCCAACUUGCUCAAUCUGUGGACACGACAAGGAAUCAGUCUCUCAUGCCCUUAUUGGUUGCACAAGAGGAAAGUCUAUUUGGAAAUCUUCAACAUUUAAACAGUUUUACUUGUCUUAUUAUAGAAGUGACAUUAAGGAUUUUCUUUUACAGGCUUUUCAUGUUAUGUCUAAACAGGAUUUCCAAGUCUUUAUUACUUUCAUUUGGCAGAUUUGGAAUACACGAAACUCUGUUCUUUUCAAAAAGCAUCAUACUACUAACAACGUGGAAGAAUUUGUUGUCAAUUAUUUGCAGGAAUACAAUGAUGCUCAACACUCCCAACAACAUCACACUCAGCCAUCAGAAGUUACAAGCAUCACUCAGUCCUCUCAUCAGCAUUGCCUUCUUUCCUUGUCACCUGAUACUCCUGCUCUUUUUGUAGAUGCAGCCAUUGACCAUCAUAAAGGCCUAACUGGUACUAGUUUUGUCUUUAAACGUGGAUAUCAGACUGUGUUGGCUUCUCAAUACCGUAGGCUGCCUGGUGUUGUCUCGCCCAUUUUCUCAGAAGGUCAAGCUCUUUUACAAAGUCUCAAGUGGUGCAUCGACUCCCAGUUUACACCUCAAGUCGUUUUCUCUGAUUGUCUAAACUUAGUCUCAAAAGUAAAUGGAGAUUGGCAGGACAAUUCUGCUCUUUCUGGUUUAGUUUCCCGCAUUCGAUUGCUCUUCUCGAACUUCCCUAGUGCUUCUUUGCAGUUCCUUCCUCGGCAGUUUAAUGUGGAAGCCCAUAAUUGUGCUCGUGAAGCUCUCAGGUCUAGAGAAGUGAGCUAG